AUGUUUUGUAGUUGUGGAAUGGAUUUGUCUCCAAAUAGUAUUAGUAGUGAAAAUAAUACAACAACAAUUAUUGGAUGGACUGAUAUUUAUUUAUUUGAUUAUCGUAAAUUAAUGAUUUCUGGAAAUUAUUCACAGGCUAUUAUGUUACCUCCUGUUAUUCCUAUUGGUAUUCCUGUAACAGAAUUUGGUAAUUUAAAUCAACUUAAUGGAAAAAUUCAAUUUAAACUCCCAACUGGACCAACAAUACAAUUUGAUAAUUCAACAGUUGAUAUUACAAAAGAGUUAAAUGAAAAAUGUGAAUUGAAUGAAGAAGAACAAAAAAAGAUUAAUACUCUUAUUGUAACAACUAAUUUAUUAAAAGAAAUAGAAAAGGAAGAUAAAGAAUUGAUAUGGAGAGGAAGACAAUUUAUUCUUAAUGAAGAGACUCUUCAUCUUCAUCCAAGUAGCAUUGUUUUAUUAUGUCAAAGUGUUCCAUGGGAUAAACCAAAAGAGGUAAAGGUAUUUGAACAACUUAUUCAAAAAUGGCCAAAAGUAAGUCAUAUCAUUGCAUUAAGAUUACUUCAUUUCUCAUUUGCAAAUAGUUUUAUUAGACAAUACGCUGUUAAUUGUUUAGUUGAAUGCAAUGAUGAACAUCUCUCAACAAUUAUGAUGCAACUAAUUCAGUCUUUAAAAUUUGAAGCAACACCAUUGUCUGAUCUUGCAAUCUUCUUAAUUCAUAGAGCACUCAAUAAACGUUCUACAAUUGGUCGUAUAUUCUUUUGGUUAAUCAAAAGUGAAUUACAUAUCCCUGAAACACAGAGAAGGUUUGCAUUACUUCUUGAAGCUUUUUUGAUGGUAUGUGGUGCUCAAAGAACAGUAAUUAAAAAUCAACUUGAUUUAUGUAAAAAAUUAACUUCAUUAUAUACUCAACAAAACCAAACAUGGAAAAAUGAUAUAAACCAACUAACAAAAGAAUUAAAUAAUAUCAUAUUACCUCAAAUUACUUAUGUUCCAUUUAAAUCUUCAUUAAAAUUUACUAAGAUAGUUGCUGAAAAUUGUAAAGUUUUAGAUUCCUUGAGAAAACCAUUAUUUUUAACAUUUAAGAAUGAAGAUCCAGAAGGUGAUCCAAUUUAUAUUAUAUUUAAAAAAGAUGAUGACCUUCGUCAGGAUAUGACAUCUUGUUCAUAUUGA